ACAUCAUCUACUACGACUCGCUGCUCCUGCGCCCGGAGGACACAUUCAUGAGCACCUUCACCAACGCCUACCUGAAGCCCAUCUUCGACGCCGCCAAGCAGAGCCACAACACCGAGUUUGGGAUGUCUGUGCACGCACCAGCGAUCAACGACUUCUCCAUCGAGGUCAAAUCGAAUGCCGGCAUGCAGCACUACAAGGACCACUGGCAGCACAAGAUAUACCACUGGGGCGUCCUUAACAUCCACGAGAUUAUCAUGAAGAGCACCCCAGACAUCCUGAAGACUUCGCUCACUGUACUCAAGGAGCUGAAGGAGAUUGCUACGGCAGCAGGGCAAGAACGCCUCGAUGGUUGUGGGCCUUUUCUGCAAGUUCACCGACGGCUGCAAUAAAGUGUCCGAGUACCUCAAG